CUCAGUGUUAAAAAGUCACACCUUAUAACACGCCAGUAGUGUAAGCUCUUUUAGCAUCUGAAAAAUGGGUGACGAAGAUGUUGCAGCUUUAGUUAUUGAUAAUGGAUCUGGAAUGUGCAAGGCUGGAUUCGCUGGGGACGAUGCGCCCAGAGCUGUGUUUCCCUCCAUUGUGGGACGCCCCAGACAUCAGGGUGUAAUGGUUGGCAUGGGGCAGAAGGACAGCUAUGUUGGAGAUGAGGCCCAGAGCAAGAGAGGUAUUCUUACCCUCAAAUACCCCAUUGAACACGGUAUUGUUACCAACUGGGAUGACAUGGAGAAGAUCUGGCAUCACACCUUCUACAAUGAACUCCGUGUGGCCCCAGAAGAACACCCUGUUCUCCUAACCGAGGCCCCACUCAACCCUAAGGCAAACAGAGAAAAGAUGACACAGAUAAUGUUCGAAACCUUCAACACUCCAGCAAUGUACGUAGCUAUCCAAGCAGUACUCUCCUUGUAUGCCUCUGGUCGUACAACUGGAAUUGUACUGGACUCUGGAGAUGGUGUCACUCACACAGUACCCAUUUAUGAAGGUUACGCCCUCCCACAUGCCAUCUUGAGAUUGGACCUUGCUGGACGUGAUCUUACUGAUUACCUUAUGAAAAUUCUCACAGAACGUGGUUACUCUUUUACAACCACAGCUGAGAGAGAAAUUGUUAGAGACAUUAAAGAGAAAUUGUGCUAUGUUGCGCUGGACUUUGAACAGGAAAUGCAAACAGCUGCAUCAUCGUCGUCAUUGGAAAAGAGUUACGAACUUCCCGACGGCCAGGUCAUCACUAUUGGCAACGAGCGAUUCAGAUGCCCAGAAGCUAUGUUUCAACCCUCUUUCCUUGGAAUGGAGUCUGCUGGUAUUCAUGAAACAACAUACAACGGCAUCAUGAAAUGUGAUGUCGAUAUCCGUAAGGACUUAUACGCAAAUACAGUAUUGUCUGGCGGUUCAACCAUGUACCCAGGUAUUGCUGACCGUAUGCAAAAAGAAAUCACAUCUUUAGCUCCCCCGACAAUGAAGAUAAAGAUCAUUGCUCCACCUGAAAGGAAGUACUCCGUCUGGAUCGGCGGUUCUAUCCUUGCCUCCCUCUCCACUUUCCAACAGAUGUGGAUCAGCAAGCAAGAAUAUGACGAAUCCGGUCCUUCUAUUGUGCAUAGAAAGUGCUUCUAAGUCAUAGUGAACGUAAAGAUAAUCUAGCUUUUUUUUUCAGAAUUGCUUUUUAUAUUUUCCUAUGCAAGAACAUGUAAUUUCAUUUAUAUACACAUAUAUUUCUUAUACUGUGUUCUUUCUAUGUACUUGUGCAGCUUGUUACUCAUAAAGUUACUCAUAUAUAUAAAAAAAAACCAUUAAAUCAAAAUAUACUAUGAUUGUUUUUAUUCCGUUACUAUAGAAGAGAUAUGUCAAAAAAGCACAUUUAUUUUAAGUUCUGUAACAAUUAAAAACAUGAUUUAAGAAUACCACGGUCAUACGUAGCCUGAAGAUACUCAGAGGUCAUACACAUAUGCCAAUCCAACAUAUUAAGAAAAGUAAAGCAAAGUAAAGCCAUUUGAGCCUUUUUUUUUCUUACGAAAAAUAAACAAAUAUUCACAUCAGCAUCCUUUUUACUUAAAAUUAUACAUUUUUUGAAAUGCAUCUCGCCGUCCUCGGCAACAAAAUAUCCCUGAUAUAUGUUCCUUUCUUAUCAGGAAAUUUAAUGCAGUUCAAACAAAGUUUGAUUAUCGUAUUAUUAUAGUUUAUCAAACCAUUAUUAUAAAUUAGGGAUUACUAUUGUAAUAACAGUUUUGCUGGUACUCGGACAGAGCAAAGGUAAUCGAUUGUAACAUCUGAAAUAAUAUUAAAAAAAAAUAUUGAGUAUGUUUUUAAUUCAACACAGUUUCAUUUUAAGAUUUUUUACCCAAAUUAAUCUUCAAAAAACCUGAAUGUGGAUAAGUUGGUUGGUGUUUUAAUAUACAUGUUGUUACAGUGUAUUUAGUUGUUAAAUAAAUUUAGAGAUGACUAAGUCUCACGGAUUGAGAUGUAAAAGGUUCAAUAGGCCAAAUUGCAAGAAAUUGCAAUAUUUUUAAAAUAUGAUGUUUAUUACCGAGAAUUUUUUUUUUUCUAUAAGAAAAUUGAAUAUUUUAUACGGCAUUUGAAAAAUUAAAAUCAAAGCUUUAUUAAUCAAAGUUACUUAUUAUAAUCUUGAAGCAUUUUGAAAAAUAAUAAAAUUAUUUGCAAAUUU